AUCAAUCCAAACAUAAAAGUGCUGACCAUUGUUAACAAUUUUUUUUUUCAAUUGUCCCGCCAGCACAUCGUAAAUUGAAUUAUUUAAAAUUUGUCUAGUUGGUGAUUAUUCUAAAAGAUGGAUUUUAUAGAACAGUUUAAAAAUACAACCCUCAACCUACCAAAGCUUCCCGUCCACUACAUUGAGACGAUCCGUUCAGAGAACGGCCAAGUGAUACCUGACCACUUGCAAUGCAACUCGAAGCAGCCGUUCGACUCAGGUCCAGUGUGCAAGACUGGAAUCCUCAGUUACAAAGUGCUUGCCGAAGGAGAAGGCGUGAAGACCGUUUACGAAGUGUCGAUAAAGGAACCUCCGAAUAUGGUUGACUACUUGCCCGGAGAUACUAUUGGGAUCCUUACGCAAAAUCUAAGCUCAGACGUAAGCUUCGUACUGGACCGUUUACAUCUGGUUGAAAUCGCGGAUUGUGUUUACGAGGUCAAAUUGGCUAAGCCAAUAAAGAAAAAGAAUCCGGAACUACCGCCAUAUGUUCCGAAAUUCAUCACUCCACGAAGAUUAUUGACAGAAUGCUUGGACUUUAGAAUUAUCCCACGAAAGAUAACUUUACAAGUUCUAGCCAAUUACACUUCCGAUCCAUGUGAAAAACGACUUCUCGAAAUUUUGGCUUCUAAAGAGGGUGCUUCCUUCUACAACGAAUUCAUUCUGAAGAAUGAGAUGACCUUUUUGCAUAUGUUGAAAAUUUUGUCCUCCUGUCGUCCAUCGCUCGCUAUGUUGAUUGAGCAUUUGCCCCGCUUGCUGGCAAGACCAUAUUCUAUAGCGAAUUAUGAUAAGGGCAGCCAUAUUCGGAUUAUUUUUGCGAUGUUAAACGAUGGCAAAAUCGGAAUCACAUCAACAAUGUUGGAGAACAAACUACUCUAUGCAGCCCGAUACGACAAGUACAUUUACAUGUACCUCAGGCAAAUAAAACCUGUUUUCCAAUAUCGAGAGGAAGAUCUGGAGAAGAAUAUCAUAAUGAUAGGCCCCGGAACUGGAAUAUCGCCAUACAUGGGUUUCCUCGAGUAUCGCAAACGUGCCAAACAGGUCAACAAGAAAGUAAAGCUUGGUUCAGCACUUUUGCUCACAAGUUGUCGACAUCGAGAACGCAAUUACUUGUGUGAAGAUGAAAUACAACAGUACGUACAGCUGGGACUGCUGGACAACGUAUAUGAAGCAUUUUCACGGGAUGCCGACAGUAGAUACAAGUUUGUGCAGGAUAUCAUUGAAGAUAAAAAGGAAGAAUUGAUCAAGCUUCUGCUAGAUGACAACACCAAGCUAUAUCUAUGUGGUGAAGGUCGGACAAUGCUACCAAGAAUACAGGACACCAUUGCCACAUGUUUGAGCAAAAUAAAAGGCAUACCCAAAGUGGAAUCCGACGCUUUGAUGGGUGAGUACAAGAAAAUGGGUAAAUAUCUGUACUAUUCAAUGAUACGUUACUAGUACUGCGUUGUAAUAAACGUUUGAGUAAUA